UGGGCCUUUGGUGUGACACUGUGGGAGAUGAUGACUAUGGGUCAACAACCGUACGCCGAGGUCGACCCGUUUGAGAUGACCGCCUACCUGCAAGAAGGUUACCGGAUCGCAAAGCCACACAACUGUCCGGAUGAACUGUUCUCCCUGAUGGCCUGCUGCUGGGCAUUAGCUCCCGAUGACCGGCCAAAGUUCACACAACUGCUGACCUACCUGCAAAACUUCUACAUGGCGCUGGGCAGAUACAUCUGAGUUUUCCUCUCCUAACGCUCUGGAACAUAUGGUUGCUUUUAAGCACAAGGGGGGCUAUCCCGAAAAAAUGCUGUUUUGAGAAAAUCGAAGGUGAAGGU